AUGAAACUAGCUAAGGUCCGUGGAGGAGCGCUAUCCUUACAGUGUAAAUAUGGUAUGAGCAUUCUCGAUGUAGAGAAGGUGAAGAAGGAGCUCGACAGCUACGAUGCGGAUAACUCGGGGACUAUUGACAGGGAGGAAUUCAAUACCUUUAUUCGGAACGUAUUUGGUGCUAAGGACAAGUAUGAUAUCCCUGCGAGGAGGUUGGAGGAGUUCUGGAAGAUGCUGGAUACUGAUCAGAAGGGGGAGGUGACGUUGGAGGAGUUCGUCGGAUUCUUUUGGAAGUACUUCUGGACAAGAGGCGGCGAUGUUCCAGGCGCUCAGCUUAGUCUUCUCGACUGUAUAGGGAGAGUCCCGACGUGGUCAGAAGAACGUAUCAAUGGGAUUGCCUUUGGACAUUUGCUCAAUCGUCUCAAUGACGCUCUCGAGGGGGAAGAGUCCGAAAGCGAUGAAGAUAAGGGGUGUGUUGAGCCUGAGCCUGUGAGCCUUAAAUUAGUUAAAGCUGUGCUUCUGAGAAUACUGGAGAAGAGACUGCGGAGCUAUCCGUCAUUCCGGCCCCCUUUUUUACAAUACUCUCUCAUGAGCCUCUUGGUCAUGUUUUUGGUGGCCUCUUCCAUCGCAGUAGCUGCGAUGGCGAUACGAGGGAAUCCGUCGGCAUUGCGAGUCGACAGUGUGGCUCGCAGUGGUCGGGCGAGCGACGUCUUGCAGGCUCAGACAGAGGAGACGAUCAAUGGUUACAUGCAGACGGUUAAAGGCGUGCUCUCGCAGUGA